CGCCGGAGUCGCUUCAGCAGUUUAACAUAAGCCGGUCAGGAUAACAGGGCACAUCGCUCUAAAUUAAGUGGGCCUUAGUGAAUGUAUUAGUAUAAGGAAAAAACAGUCAAGAUGAGUUACGCGGCGACGGAGAGUGUUCUCCAGAGCACGGCCUGGACGGCCACCAACAUGUUCUACCUGCUGCUGGUGCCGGCCAUCAUCCUGUGGUACACCUACUGGCGCAUGUCAAGGAGGCACAUGUACGAGCUGGCAGAGAAGAUCCCCGGACCGAAGGGCCUGCCCCUCAUCGGAAACGCUCUGGAAUUCGUAGGCACCUCCGCCGACAUUUUCUCGAACGUCGUGACGAAGGCUGAGGAAUUCAAUGACACCAGCCUAGUGAAGCUGUGGAUCGGACCCAGGCUGCUUGUGUUCCUGUUCGACCCUCGGGACGUAGAGGUGAUCCUCGGAAGCCAUGUCCACAUCGACAAGGCCGAGGACUACCAGUUCUUCAAGCCAUGGCUCGGAAACGGUCUUCUUAUCAGUACUGGUCCCAAAUGGCGCUCACACAGGAAGCUGAUUGCGCCUACCUUCCACCUUAACGUGCUGAAGAGUUUCAUCGACCUGUUCAACGCCAACUCCAGAGCCGUGGUGGACAAGAUGAAGAAGGAAGCCGGCGUGUUCGACUGCCACGACUACAUGAGCGAGUGCACCGUCGAAAUCUUGCUUGAAACUGCCAUGGGCGUGAGCAAGACGACUCAAGACCAGAGCGGGUACGAGUACGCUAUGGCUGUGAUGAAGAUGUGUGACAUCCUCCACUUGAGACAUACCAAGAUCUGGCUCAGACCAGACCUCCUCUUCAACUUCACCCAGUACUCCAAAGUCCAGGAGAAACUCCUCAGCGUCAUCCACGGUUUGACCAAAAAGGUUAUCCAGAAGAAGAAGGAGGACUUCAAAUCCGGCAAACAGCCAUCCAUCGUCGUCAACCCGGAGACCUCAGACAACUUAUCGAGCAAAGUAACUUCCGUCGAGGGUUUGUCUUUCGGACAAUCGGCCGGUCUUAAAGACGACUUGGACGUCGACGAAGAUGUCGGUCAGAAGAAGCGUCUCGCUUUCCUCGACCUGCUCCUGGAGAGCGCCCAGGGAGGAGUGGUCAUCACUGACGAGGAAAUCAAAGAACAAGUGGACACCAUUAUGUUUGAGGGUCACGACACCACCGCCGCCGGAAGCAGCUUCUUCUUGUCCUUGAUGGGUAUCCAUCAGGACAUUCAAGAGAAAGUUGUUGAGGAGCUGUACGGAAUCUUCGGUGACUCCGACCGUCCCGCCACCUUCCAAGACACAUUGGAGAUGAAAUACUUGGAGAGAUGCCUCAUGGAGACUCUGAGAAUGUACCCUCCGGUGCCCAUCAUUGCUCGUCGUCUUAACCAGGACGUGACGAUGCCUUCUUGUGGGCUACAAGUGCCCGCUGGAACCACCGUGGUUGUGGGAACGUUCAAGCUGCACCGUCGCGAGGACGUAUAUCCCAACCCCAACAAAUUCGACCCCGACAACUUCCUGCCGGAGCGCUCCGCUAACCGCCACUACUACGCGUUCGUCCCCUUCUCCGCUGGACCCAGGAGCUGCGUCGGUCGUAAAUACGCCAUGCUGAAGCUGAAGAUCAUCCUCUCGACCAUCCUGAGGAACUUCAAGGUGUACUCCGACAUCACGGAGUCCGAGUUCAGACUGCAGGCCGACAUCAUUCUAAAACGCGAGGAAGGUUUCAAGGUGCGACUGGCGCCCCGCAAAUCGAUGGCCAAGGCAUGCUAAUUGAAGACUUAUACAAACGACUGUAGUUUUAAAAAUGAUUUUCAAAAGAGGACCGUCCUCCUAGGACGGUAUGAAAACAGGCGAUCGUUUUAAACUGGAAGUAGUUCUCGAAUGCUUUAAAACUUUAGACUCGUUCUACUCGUAGGAAUACUAAUUUAUAAUACCAAAUAUAAUUGUACAAUUUAAAUAACAAUUAUAAGAGGAGAAGAUGUUAAUUUAUACCUUUAUAAUGUUAUUUCAUUAUCGUAAUUUUGUUUUUAGUAAAACGUUGUAAAGGGAUCGGGAAUUAGAAAUUCGCAUCCUACUAUUGUAUAUACUCGUGUUUUAGUGUUCGAAUACUAAAGUAUGGAAAAUUAUUUAUAAGAAAUAAAAGUGUUAAAUGGGAA